AUGAGUGUCGCUGCGCAAUCCAGACGCGGUUCGGUUCAUCAGGCUCUGAUUUUCCUUGCUUCCUUGGUGCCAUCAGUCACUGCCUUGUCCCGAAAAGCACAGGAAAGAGAACCAUCCGGAUUCUUCCAUAAGGGUGGCCACUACAGCUAUACGUCCUGGAGUAGCAGCGAUAGCAGCUCAAGCGACAGCGGGGAUAAUCCUAGCAAUGACGACGCUAUGGCUGCAAGCCUGGUGGCUGUGGGCGUUGGCCUCUUGAUUUUCGCAUCUUUCUUUGUCUUCUUGCUCUGCUGCAACUGGACGGAACGACGUCAGCGACAAAGGUUUGCCAAAUCUGCAGACAAGGCAAGAGCAGAUGUGGUAAAAGAUGCUGCCAAAAUGUCCACCAACAAAGAGGAUGCCGUAUACCAGCACCAGCUCCCUUUUACCCGAGCCACAUUCUCGGCCGUCUACGUUGGCUCGAAGGAUUGGAAAGAAGGGCAUGGAUGCAAAGGAACCCUGACGUUUGACACCUCAAUGGAUAAGACCACGCAUUCAGAACGCAGCGAAACGACAACCUGCCCUGCUUCUAGCUACACUGGUGGUAGUGUUCUUGGAGACGAAGGAGUCCGUGACGGCAGCAAAACCCACGCAUGCUGGUCUACCGGUAUCUCUGGAGUGGGGAAAGAUCAAGAUGGACCCUUUGCGAUUAUCGAGGGCAAGCUCUCCCCAUUUUCUGGCAAGUGCUACUGGGUUGAGGAAUCUGUUGCCGUGGACAACAAGUCAGAGACGAUCAAAGUUUUGGUGACCGGCUGCAUUACUGCUGACGCCGAAGCUCCCAGUUUUCAAGGUCAUUGGGAGUCAAGCAACGGUUCAAAAGGCUCAUUUGCAAGGUUUGAUUUGGACCCUAACAACAAGAACUAG